AUGCACAGGCUGCACAAAAAGCGACAGCCCGACUUCGACCUCAGCAUUCAUGGCGAUGAGCUCGAGCAGGGCAGGAUACUAUUGGAACACACUUUGCAGCACGCCGACCUCUCCUUCCACUUGUCAUCUACGCCGGACACAGCGUCUCAAGGCGACCGAGAGUCGCUCGAAUAUCCCAGACACGCAUCAGAGCCCGUCGCCCUCCGUGACUUUGCAUCGUUUGAACAGAGGUCCAGGAUAUACUUUGACGAGGAAGGCGAGCAUAGCCCCAUUCACCCUUGGUCUUAUCGAACGGCGGACGAUGAAGAGGGCGUUAAUCCGUACGGUGGAGAGACGAUGUCGACGGCGGCCCACCAUGCAAGCAAUCUCACCCUCGGUGCUGGACUUGGUGGUCGAGGUUACCGACACGACAUUAGCAUGAGUGGCGCGGAGUACGACCCAGAUCGACCAUUACGGGACAUUUUACCCGCCGUUGCUAGUCAUAUCAGUGCAUUCGGCCACGAGACAUCGCGCUCGCGGUAUCCUGGAAUGGGGAGCGUUGACGCCGAUCCCGUGGUAAUUGAUGACACGGCAGAACUCGAUCGCCUACUUCAGUCAGGGCAUGCUGCGACGCCGCGAUCUGCGCACGUUAGCUCUCGCGCACCGUCAGAAUGCCCCUCAGAUACAGAAUCUGUGACUAGUCGUCCAAAGCUCUCGGAGGCUCUCCGCAGAGUGUCCUUUUCCCCCAGACGCCCUCGCACCGUGCAAGGCAACAUAUCUCCAUCCCAUUCCGUUGACUCAAAUCAGAAACAUUCCCCAAUGAAACCUUCUCAUCGACCCCCUUCCCGCGUUCCCCCAUCACCCUUUGCGUCCCGACAACGCAAAUCACCGCACACUUCCAGAACGAAUUCCCAAGCGAAAACGCCUCUAAUCAACGUCGUCGGUGCUUCCCCCGGACCCACACGCCCCAGCCCUCGAAGGCCAGUAACGCGUGACACGAGCAACGUACUCAAUUCUAGUCGCGUCUCUGAACGAGGGAAGAUGUACCUACCUGACGUAACUGGUAUAACGAACGCAGUCGAGUCUCCAGCUCGUCCACACAUGUCUUACUAUCGCUAUGAAGGUGAUGGCAAGCCUCGUGAGGUAGAUGUGUACUUCAUCACCGCCCUGAACGAAGUUCAAGCCAAACUCUAUAGAUUGGACGAAGAGAAUGGCAUCUCGCGUAGAAGGGUCAGAGAACUAGAGAUGGAAUUGGAGGUUUGCAAGCGGGAAGUUGCCAGAGAGCGGACACGAGUCUUGGAAAGGGAGGAGAUGCUUGUACAGCACAAGGUUGAGUCGGAGCGGAGACAGGCGAAAGAUAAGGGGAAACAAAGGGAACAAGACGAUCUUGAAGUUGUCGAACGGCGUUACAGGGAAGCGGUAGAAGAGAAGAAAGCACUCGAAUCUCUCAUAUCGACGUUGCGUUCUCAUCUUACACGGCUGACCAGCGAACUUGCCGACCACAAGCAAAUCCUAACCGAGCUACGAGAGAUGCGCGAGGCUGAUACACGCGCUAUGCAGGACAAAGGUAGUGAAAUCGAGCAUCUUAAGCAAGAGGUCGAGCGCCUGGCUGGCGAGGUUGAAGUCCUUCGGGGCGUGGUGGAGGAAGGGCUGAAAGAAAGGAGAGAGAGCGGGCGGAGCCGGAUCCUUGCAGAAGGCGAAUCGAUGCAUGAAGAUGGCGACCCUCCUGUGGAACAGGAAGAGACACAUACUUCUCGCGGAGACGAUGACAACGACCGGACAUCCAUCAUGGGGCCAUCCCGCGCAAAUCCUCUGGACAGGACCAUCCGCACUGAUCACGCUACUGCGGGCACAUCGAGUCUGGGUGCCUCUGCCUCGACCCCCUUCAUAACCGAUGAGGUACUUCAGCAAAUAUCGAUGGAAAUAGAGGAGCGGCGGUCUGAGCGCUCUCGUACGUCGGUAUCCUCUUCCGACGACUCGCCUUCACAUGGCUCCCUUCGCAAGUCCAUUUCGGAAAGGCACUCUCAAAUCCACUCGGGUAUUCACUCGCAUCCUCCCUCGCCCUCCCCUAUGGGCAGGAGCGGCAGUAUGCUUCUCGGACUCGACGGCGAUGAUUCAGAGCUAGAUGAACCGACGUCCCCUCCAAGAAUCAGAAACCCAGAUAUCUUGGAAGCGCGCCGAAGCACGCCGAUGCCCAACCCUCGCACAAGCACUCUCCUUGAGGUCGACGAGGAUGAAUCAGAACCAGAUGAACCAGUGUCCCCUCCAAGAAUCAGAAAUCUAGAAGUCUUGGAAGCGCCCCGAAGCACGCCAAUGCCAAAUCUCUGUACAAGCACUCAACCCUCACGAUCCGCCGCCCCGACUCCAGCGCACGCCAUCCGCUCUAGAACGCCACCAACAGAAGAAGAGACACCUUUCCCCCAGAUACGUGGGGAACGGAUGGAGCGCCUGUUCUUCUCUGCUCCUGUGCACAACGCCAAGACGUGUACGAUGUGUCGCCGCGAGGGGCGAAGAGUGAAUGGGCAUGUACACGAAGAGCGGCCCCCAUCACCGCUGUGGUCAAUUCGUCCGAGGGUUCGGGAGCGCAGAAUGGACGAAUCUGACGAAGAUGAAGGGUUCGAAGAAGGAGAGGAGGAGGAGCCUCGUCGUAGAGUCGAUGCCAGCGGCAAGGCACCCGCUGCACAUGGCCAGCCCUCCGCCCCUCAACGACAGCGCCCAGAAACGUCCAAGAAUCCUUUGCCUCCUCAGACUACACUUACACAGGUCAUCAGAGAACUAGAAGACGACUUUACGCAUUACAAAAGUAUCUAUGUCGAACUUGCUGACCAGUACAAGGACAUGGACCCGGUGUCGAAUGUGCGCAAGCGAAACAUGCUAGCGCAGCACUUGCAUGAAGUUGUGGAUACUAUGGAGCAGAAGGGAGACCAGAUUGCGAAACUAUAUAGUUUGUUGACAUUCAAAGAUACACCGGCUACGGGGGCGCAGCUACGGAGGAGGUCGUAG